AUGUCCCGGCGUGCCCCGCGGCAGCUGCGGUUGGCCGCAGCCAAUCAGCGCGGGGCCGGCCGGGGGGCGGGGCCUGGCGGCGGGGGAGGCUGUUUAAAGUGGCGUUGCGGGAUGGCGGAGCCGGCGGACUAUCCCCCGUUCCAGCUGGGGAAGCCCCGCUUCGAGCAGACUUCAUUUUACGGCAGAUUCAGGCACUUCCUGGACAUCAUCGACCCCCGCACUCUCUUUGUGACCGAGAGCCGCCUGAAGGAAGCGGUGCAGCUGCUGGAGGAUUACAAACACGGCACUCUGCCCCCAGGAGUCACCAACAAAGAGCUGUGGGGAGCUCAAAAAAUCAAACAGGCCAUCAUCCACCCCGACACAAACGAGACCAUCUUCAUGCCUUUCCGAAUGUCAGGUUACAUUCCCUUUGGAACCCCCAUCGUUGUUGGUCUUCUCCUGCCCAACCAGACCCUGGCCUCCACUGUGUUUUGGCAGUGGUUGAACCAGAGCCACAACGCGUGUGUGAACUAUGCAAACCGCAACGCGAGCAAGCCUUCUCCGACAUCCAAGUUCAUCCAGGGCUACUUGGGAGCUGUCAUAAGUGCUGUCUCAAUAGCAGUGGGCCUUAAUGUUCUGAUCCAGAGAGCAAACAAGUUUACCCCGGCCACUCGGCUCCUGAUCCAGAGGUUCGUGCCAUUCCCUGCUGUCGCCAGUGCCAACAUCUGCAACGUGGUCCUGAUGAGGCACACGGAGCUGGAGGAGGGGAUCGACGUGCUGGACGACAAUGGGAACAUCGUGGGCUCCUCCAGAGUUGCUGCCAAACAUGCUCUGCUGGAAACGGCCCUGACCAGAGUGGUCCUGCCCAUGCCUAUACUGGUUCUACCUCCCAUCAUCAUGUCCGUGCUGGAGAAAACUUCUCUCCUGAGGUCCCGUCCCCGGAUGAUUCUCCCGGUCCAAAGCCUCGUGUGCCUCGCUGCCUUUGGCCUGGCCCUGCCCCUGGCCAUCAGCCUCUUCCCGCAGAUGUCCGAGAUCGAGACGUCUCGGCUGGAGCCCGAGAUCGCCAUGGCCACCAGCAGUAAGACUGUGGUCUACAACAAAGGCUUGUGAGCGGAACAGGAGCAUCCCAGCCCAGAAGGUCUGGGGAGGGAAGAGGGGAAACUCCAGACCCCGCCUGGGAGAAAGCAAGCGACAACACCAGGAUGAGAUAACAGAGCUCAGCGAGAGGAGCUGCUCCCGGCAGCCCGGGAGUGAAUUAACACCCGCAGAGAACUGACACCUCACACCACUCACUAAGAUGCAUAUUCAAAGUUCUAACCUAGCAACAGGAGCAGCAACUACAACAAAUAAAAUCACGUUGAAACACUUUAGAACUAGCUAACAGGACUCAGAAGUAGCGGCACCGCAUGGAGGGAGCGCAGGGGCGAGCCCACGUGGUCGGGGCUGCACGACGCCGACAUCACCCAGCACAUCUUGUGCUCACGGGACUUCAGCCUCCACUGAUGCUGCACAACACCGACUCUGGAGAGAGCCUGGGGUGGGUGGAUGUGAUUGAUCAGGUGAUUGGGAAUGCCCGGUAUUGAUUUCCUGCCGAUGCCACCCCAGCAGUCCUGCUCUCAAGAAGAAUUCCCGCAUCCGUGUGCCCGGUGAUGGGCUCGGCUGUGCCCCGUCCAUCCCUCCUCCUCCUCCUGCAGACGCUGCUGGUGGCACAUUGCCCUUCGCUGUGCCACUGGCUGGCCCUGGAUCCCACCACCCGCAAUUCCACAGGGGAUUUUGCCCAGAUUUCAAGGUCCUGGAAAGCCAAGGUGCCCGCACAUGGAGUGUUGGAGCAGAAGUGAUGCUGGAGCUGCUCUGUUCCUUUGCACAGCCCUGAGGGGGGUUUGCCUCACCCAGCACAGAGACUCUGACAGGGAUGGUGCUUGUCCCAGGUGGUCACCUAAGCCACGCUUUGCUGGGCUGGUGUCUAAGGACAGGAUGUGGCUUAAGUUUGGAUCAGUCCCCAGCUGGGCAGGCAGUGGGACAAGGAUCAUUGCAGUCCCCUUCCAACUGGAAUUCCUCUCCUCUCCUCUCCU